UCAGAUAUUUCUGUAUUGUCCGAUUAAAGUUUUUCACUUUAACUGAGUUUGUGUUAUUCAGGAAAGCCGGAUUGAUCCGGAAGUAAAUACCGGUUCCCGGAAGUUUGCGCCAAAGAAAUGGGUGUAACGUGCGUGUGUCAGGUGCCGGUGGCGGAGGGCAAGAGCGUGCAGCAGACGGUUGACAUGCUGCAUAAGAAGCUGGAGCAGCUGGGAGCCGUUAAACAGGGAAACUUCUGGGUGGACUGCGAGACGUACCAAGCCACGGGAAAUGCCACCGGUCAGCCGACGAAGCUGCUGUACGUGAUGCAUAACUCGGAGACGCCGCUGAGCAGCAUGGCUCUGUUCGAGGGCGGCCCGGGUCUCACCGCCGACGCCAACUUCGACGUCCUGAUGGUCAAACUCAAGAGUCACUUCCAGAACGCCAAGGGGCAUAAAGUGGAGAGCCGCGGCACGCGUUACCGCUACUGCGACUUCCUGGUGAAGAUCGGCACCGUCGCCAUGAGCUCCAGCGCCAGGGGCAUUUCAGUCGAGGUGGAGUACUGCGCCUGCGUGAUUCCCGGAGACUGCUGGAACCUCAUGAAGGAGUUCAUGCAGAGUUUUCUGGGCUCGAGCACGCCGGAGCUGCCGGCCGUGUUCACCAGUAAAGCUGAGGGUCUGUAUGCACCAGUGGACUGCAUGGACACCAUGAGUCAGUAUCUGGAGCUCUUCGGUAAAGUGCGCAAACAGCAGGUGCUGGCAGGCAGCGGCGUACGCUGAGACCUGCACUCAACCUGCGCAAACACCGCGUCUGGAAUCACGGCGGUCUGUACACUCCUGCGAGGAGUCUCUGACAGAACUUUAUACGAGCAACAAGAGCAUUUCACAAAUGACUGGUUCAGUCUUCUUUACUGUUUGAAAGAACAACAUAAAGAGUCUUCGUUACUUUAUUUGUGGCUCUGGAUGCUUAUUUUCUGUGUUUACACUUGUAUUUGUAAAAUAAACUGUUAAAUUUGAA